CGGGUCACCAGGCAUCAGGUCAUUUGGCUCGACCCGCGGGCACCGCGUCAUCUGGCAAGGCAGUGGGCUCCGAGUCAACUGGUAUGACCGCGGGCACUGGGUCAGACAUUGGAUCGUCUGACUGGACAGCGGGCAUCGGGUCACCAGGCAUCAAGUCAUUUGGCUCGACAGCGAGCACCGCGUCAUCUGGCAAGGCAGUGGGCUCCGAGUCAACUGGCAUGACCGCGGGCACCGGGGCAGACAUUGAAUCGUCUGGCUGGACAGCGGGCAUCGGGUCACCAGGCAUCAGGUCAUUUGGCUCGACAGCGGGCACCGCGUCAUCUGGCAAGGCAGUGGUCUCCGAGUCAACAGGCACGACAGUGGGCACCGGGUCAUCAGGUACCGAUUGUCUGGCUCGACAGCGGGCAUCGGGUCAUCAGGCAUCAGGUCAUUUGGCUUGCCAGCGGGCACCGCGUCAUCUGGCAAGGCAGUGGGCACCGAGUCACCAGGUA